AUGGACUCGACGCUUUGCUAUUCGGUAAAUGCUCAAAAAAGCCAGUUAACAUCAGCCGCUUUCUACACCGACACCGCCUCCGAGAUGAAUGACGAAAAGGACAGCAAAGGCGAAGUCAAUCGCAAGGUCUUGUUUGCUGGCAGCAACUACGUCCAACUCUCUGGAAAAAUCUUUGCAGACCUGUUUGACCAAAGCAAACCGCUGUGCACCGGCGUGCCCAUCAAUAUCCGCUUGGUAAUGAGUCGGCCAGAAUUUUGUUUGCGAGUGUGGGAUACCGAUGCCACCAAGCAGUUCAAACCAUUCAUUCGGAAUGCGCGCUUGUCCAUCCGCCGAUACAUUCCGGCACCAGACUUUAUGACGGCUGUGGCCGCGGAGAUGCUGAAAAAAACUGUCAAGUAUCACAUUGAACGCGCGGUGAUGCGGGUGUCGGAUAUUCCCCAAAAAACUCAAAGUACCGUGGUGAGCAACCUGCAGAUCGGGCAGAUUCCCAAAGUAAUGUUUAUCGGAUUCCUGGAAAGCGAUGAUUUUCACGGCAGCUUCAAAAUUAAUCCCUUCAACUUUCAACAUUUCAACAUUACGCAGAUCAGUGUGGAGGUGGACGGUCAGAGCUAUCCAACAAAACCAUACACUGCCGACUUUGGGCGGUCGCAGUCGUUGGAGUGCUACCAUGGUUUACUGGACACCUUGGGCCACCGAACGCAUCCUCAAAACAGCGUCAAUUUCAAUCGGACCGCUUAUAGCAAUGGCUACACAUUCUUCGGCUUUGACCUGACACCGGGACAUACUGGAAGAGGACCGCUCACUUUGGUGAAACAGGGCAAUUUAAGCGUGUCGGUCAGCUUUGAGAAACCUCUGGAUAAAACAGUCAUGAUGGUCGCCAUGUUGGUGUACGACAGUAUUACAGAAAUAAACCAGCAUGGUCAGUUGAUUGCGGACUUUUCAACAUGA